AUUUAAGGCAGGAGUGUGAUCUCUCUCUCUCAGACUGAAGCUCUUCAUCAGAUCCAGUGCUGACACACACGUCUAGGUUAAGGCAAAAUGGCAGGCAUUAUUCCCAAGCGCAAAAUGAAAGGAGUUGAUUUCUGUGGAUGUAGGACCAACUAUUUUAUAAUCCGCUCUGAUCUCGGCUGCUAUAUGAGGUCGAGUGAUUUUAAACAAGGGUCGGACCUCAGUAUUCUUGCUCUGCACCCCGCCUGCCAACAUGGAGACCAUUACUUUGGUGACUAUGAUUGGUUUUACAUCAUUAAGGGUGAUGACUACCGCAGAGUCACUGACCUGUCAGAAGACACUGAUUCCUCAGUCUACACCCUUCAUCCCAACAGUCGGGGCGGAGACCAUUACCUGGCAGCCUUUGGCUGGUUUUACAUCAUCUUCCAGGAGAAGGGCACUUACAGAAGAACAGCAGACCUGAGUUAUGACUCACGUUCUGAAGAAUUUCUCCUGCAUCCCAAUUGCAGAGACGGUCUCUAUUACUGGGGUCUGCCGGAUCACUACUACUUCCUCAAGCCAGCCUCAAAGUGGGGAGUUGAAUACUACAAAGGUACCAACUUCAACGAAGAUAAGCGCACUGGUGUCUAUUCUGUUCACCCCGAUGUCCUGAACUUUCUGCCAGGAGGGCUGUCCAUAACCAACGGCCCAGCGUUCGGCAGGUGGGAGAACAUUAAAACGGCAAGUAAUGACAGUCCCACACCAGUGACAUGGCAAAGGAAAGUAACUAAAAAGGUUGGAUAUAAUAAGGAGAAGAUGUCCCAGAUGACACACAACUGGAAGAUAGCAGCGUCAACCACAGUCUCAUCAGGAGACCUCACAGGGUUAAUUGCAAAGUGUCAGUUCUCCUUUUCGGCAGAAUACGGAGGUUCAAGUGUGAACACUGAGAAGGAAAACUGGAAUGAAGAGACUAUGGUGGAAGAGCAACUAUCAUUUGAGCUGAAGCCAAACGAGCGUCUGUAUCUGUGGCAGUAUCAGCUGGGUCUCGGGUCAGAACCGGUGUUGUUCUGCAAGGAUUUGAAGAUCACCGAUCAGCCGAACCCUCCGACUGAAGUCCCGCUGCCGCCUGUCUAACACGGGCUUCGAGUAAAUAACUUAACUCUGACUUCUUAAGCAAUUAUUCUAUAUCUGCUGCAAGCAUUGCUUUAA